AUAUACAUAGGUACAUACAUAUGUAGGUAGGCACAGUACAUAAAUAUGAAUGUACCGAAAAAGAAUAUGUACGUAUGUGACUGCGUGUGCACAUACAUACAUACAUAUGUAUAGCAUGCGAAUAACGCGAAAAUUUCACAAUCGAUGAAUUGGAUUGGCUUUAGUGCUGUUAUGCUGUUAUGUUAACCUUAUCUAAUUUAUUAGUUCGAUCUAAUAGUGUGUAGGUUAAACUUUGGAUCAUUUCUCAUUUCUUGAACAUUUUUUGACUAAUGACGACAAUCGUAAGUAACACUGUCCGGGGAUGUAUAUCCAUACAUAUGUAUGCAUAUACUUACGUACAUUUAGGCGCAUGAACCGGUUGAAACAUUCAUGUACAUAUGUAUGUGUACGUACUGCUGGCCGAAACUGUUUUACUAAACCGUUUUAAGUAUGGCAAUUGGGAAUUUACAUCUGCACACAUGUGUGUGUAUUUACAUAUGUAUCGAUCAAUUGAUAUCUCUGUCUACAGAUCCAGCACAAAUGGCGCGAAUUUGAAUGAUGUGUGUUAGUGUACGCUACUGCCACUAUUCCAGUAUCCAGUCGCUAUCAAUUUUCCAUGAUGUUUUCUGGAAAUACUGGCCUGCACGGGCCUGCUGGACCUGGCCAGCUCCAGCUCCCCAUAUUAUCCCAGCCAAAAUCACCCGCCCCACCCCAUUCCAGCCCCCGCAUUGGAUGCAACUGUUUUGUUCUUGGUUCGAUCUGUGUUAGCUUUGCUGCUGCUGACUCUCUCGGACUGGGUCUGACUCAGUUCUACUCGUUGCUUUCGGGGCUCUUUCGUGACAGGGAUACGUUGUACAUGUGCACGAAUACGUAUGCGAUACACCUACAUGCAUAUACAUAUGUACUUUGGAUAGACAGGGUGCCCUACGUUAUUGGUCCCACGCUGUUGGACAAACACACAAGCAAGAGUGCAACUGUGAUUAGCUAUAGUUGUAAUUUUUACUGCUUGUUACAACUUGAUUUUUGGUCUAUUGCACCAAUACCAUCGUAUUAGAACCAUACCAUCUAGGCAAUGUGUCAAUACUAAGAAAAAUGGUAACUUUAGUAAAUGCUAAAUAUUGUAUGCGCACAUAUCAUAUGUACAUAUAUUGUUUAGUAUGAGCUUGUUUUUGGUGUCGAACCCUGUAAUUCUGAAUAACUGUACACACAGCCCCACACAUGCACACAGCCACACAAUAUAUGAGCUUUUUCGUCAGUGCGUACUGGUUUGGAUGUUGCUGUUUCUGCUGCUGCUGCUGCUACUGCUGUUGUUUCUGUUGUUGUUGCUGACUUUGCUAAACUUUCUGGUACAGUAGUUUGGACACACAUGUACAAAUGUAGGUACAUACAGUCGUACAUAGCUACAUAAGUGCACAUAUAGAUAUGUACAUAUGUGCAAAAGUAUAUGCAUAACUUGCCAUUGCCAUUUUUCGCUUCGUUGCAUUUUGGGGGAUUUGCUUAAAUAUUAUGUGUAUGCAUAUUUCAAUCUUUAUACGUUUGUACGUAGUCCUAGGUACAUACAUAUUUGUAAAUAACUUGUAAGUUAUUGCUAAACAACCGUAAUGAUUGUAGAUUAACUCUAUGGAUGGAUGCAACUAUGGAUACUUUCUGUAGAUGUAAAUACAUCUUGUGUACAUAUAAAUACUCUAUUUAUGUACAUAUGUAUGUAUGUAUGUCAUAUUAUUAUAGCCUCAAUAGCAUAGGAACGAGGAAUGAGCUCUUUGAAUAUCCCCAAAUCCAGCCUUACUUUAGUAUAGCCCUCUCGCGAAGGACAUCGAUCUCACUUUCCAUAUGAGCGAUCAGUUUUUCAAGUCGACCUUUCUGUGACCAACGCAUUACAUUCGUAGAUUUGACGUGUCUAUACGUAAUUCAACUUAUUCGGCACGAAUAACUACUAUAUAAAGCCAUGAGAGGCGCACGGAAAUUCAUGUGAUCCACUACGAAAAACAUAUACGAGUAGUAUUAGAAGGCUUAAAUAAAUAUCGACAGGUUCGUGAUGGAACCGGGAUAGAACGAUUUAAAACCACAGUUUUAUAUAUAAAUGGACGUUUAAUAACAAGGAGAUGCAAGUGGAAAGUUUAUUGCCAGAGAAGAUCCCACUGAUAAGUAGUUCCUUUACUCAUUCGCCUAAAGUAGCUCCAAUAGUCUUAAGAAUAUUGCCAAGGCAAGAAAAUAUUUCUUUCGCUGGUCAAGAAGAUUUAAUUAGAAUCCUGCAAGCAGCUCUGAAUAUUGAAAUGGCCUCAACUGAGGAUGGCAAAUUGGGUACGACAACAGACACAGUGAUUGCGACAGCGGCAGCAUCGAACCCAUAUCAAAGUAGUUCAACCAAUGGCAACGCCAGCAAGGGUGCCGGUUCGAAUAAUUGCAAGCGCCAGAAGUUUUGCGGUCUGGCUGAAACCACUAACAGAAGCGGCGGUGAUCUUAAUGAUCCCAUCUCCAUCCAAGCUCCUGGCGUGGAACCGGAUAAGAGUGUAGGAGACAGCGAAGGAUCCCAACAUCAACAUCAAUCUGGCACCGUCGAUAAAGCACAAGCACAAACACCGUCAGUUCCAGUUCUCGAUAGCUCCAGUAACUGUGCGAGCAGUAAAAGUCCGCAAAAGAUUGGCGGAUAUGAAAACGAUCUCUAUAUUGCCCCGGAGCAGGCUCUGGUUACGAGCGUAGAGUUGGUAGUGCCAGCGCCACAGACAGCGGCUGUGCGGCACUCUGAGGAGCCGUGUUCAGUGUCAGUGGGAGACUCAACUCUGAUCAACAGCAACAAACUGCAGUACAAUUCGGGUGCUCUUUAUAGCACGGGUUCCUCCAAUACGACAAGAAUUUUGGCAAAUGAUAAAAUCGAUGGUUGUGUAAAUGACUCCUCCAAUUUGAAUGUAAGAAUUCCUACUAAUUUAGCAUUAGCAGCAGCAACGGGUGAUAUUUUGCUGGCCGAUCGAAGGGCAUCGAUAUGGGCUCCACAUGAUGAAGAGCAGGAGCAAGCCACAACGCCAGAGACAACGGCACCAGGCGACACCAAGCAGGGAUCUGUGAGUGUAGGCUCAGAGCUGCCUUAUCGCACGGUACAGCAGCAACGUAACUCUGAACUGUUGCUUCAGAUCGAGAAGGAAGGCUCUGGAGCAGUUGAAGUACUUCCAUUAGCCCUGCAGCAUCAUCACGAUAAUUUGACACAGGUCCAAUACGGCCAACAGCAAAUUAUUGAUAGCCAGCUUCAUAGCAAUAUGUACGCACAAAUGAUGCAGCAACAGCAACAUCACCACCAUCAACAUCAACAGAUCAUUCAUGACCAAAACUCCCGACAUCAGCAACAUGCAAGCUACUCCAGCUAUAACCCACAUUUUCAGCAUUCUGAACUCUUUGGAGCACAUCAAAGUUCUGAUCAUCAUCAUCAGCAACAGCAACAGCUCCCACAUCACAUGGAGUGUCAUGGGCAUCUGCAUCAGCCGGCUCCUAUUGCCCAACAACAGCAGCAACAGCAAAUACACGAAGCUUAUCACGAUCUCAUAAUGGAUGAUUUUCACGAAGAUCCCAGCUCCGCGUACAAAUUAACGCUCUCUCCUGCUAAUGCGAAGCCGGAAAAUCAAGACGAUGGCUACGAGACUAGUGCUGGCGAUGUUCUGACUCCCAAUUCCCACAGCUCGUCCACACACUCAGUCACACCACAGCAUCAGAUGCAACACCCCAACAUUGGGCUAAUGCAACAAAGUCAAAACAAAACGGAAGAGCUGGUGUCCUCCCAGAGUACAGUAUCCGUUGCCGUUACCGCUGCCGGCCCCUCGGCUUCUAGCACCAAUGGCAAUCAGGCACAAGCUCCUCCGAACCUGCCACAUCUUUCAAUGGCUCAUAGCCAGAGUGUUAGCUCCCGAGGUUCCAAUGCUAAUGCUGUUGGUGUCGAUCCAUAUAGCUUCAUGGGCGAGGAGAUGCGCAUGCUUUCCCCUGUUAGUCGCCAUAUAGAGGACGUCGCCUCAAAUACGGGCAGCUAUGCAGCCGUACCAGCGCCAAUUUCAGUGCCAAGUGGAAACACAGAGUGUUCCAGAGGGGACAUAUAUCAACAUCCACAACAGCACCUGCACAACAGCGAGCCUUACAAUGACACAGAUAAAGUAGAGUCCAAUGACAACUCUCUCUGCGGGCUGCCCUCUAAGCCAACUCCGAAGAAAAGAGGUCGAAAAAAGAAGCUUAUAACUGAGGGGGACGCAAUGCAAAUGUCUGCAUCCGUUUCUCAACAGGGAAACUGUGCCACUAAUUCUGGCUGUGAUGAUGCUACUGGCGAUUCACUACUGGGAAUGAAGCCCAAGGAGCGCAAGAAGCACGACAGAUUCAAUGGCAUGUCCGAGGCAGAGGUCAUUAAAAGGACUAUCCCAGACCAUCUAUGUGAUAACCUCGAUAUCGUUAUAGUCGGUAUAAACCCUGGUCUCUUUGCGGCAUACAAGGGACAUCACUACGCUGGACCCGGAAAUCAUUUCUGGAAGUGCCUGUACUUGGCUGGACUCACGCAGGAGCAAAUGAGCGCGGAUGAGGAUCACAAGCUGCUUAAUCACGGCAUUGGCUUUACAAAUAUGGUGGCGCGUGCCACAAAAGGCUCGGCUGACUUGACCAGAAAAGAAAUCAAGGAGGGAAGCCGCAUUUUGCUCGAAAAACUGCAAAGAUUCCGCCCCAAAGUCGCCGUUUUCAAUGGCAAACUAAUAUUCGAGGUCUUCUCGGGUAAAAAGGAAUUUCACUUUGGUCGUCAACCUGAUCGUGUCGAUGGCACUGACACUUACAUUUGGGUGAUGCCCUCAUCAUCAGCACGAUGCGCUCAGCUGCCACGCGCCGCAGAUAAAGUUCCCUUCUAUGCGGCGCUAAAGAAGUUUCGUGACUUUCUGAAUGGUCUUAUACCCAACAUUGAUGAGUCGGAGUGCGUAUUCACAGAUCAGCGCAUACGUCAAUGCAGUGAGCAGCAGCAGCAACAGCAGCAGCAGCAGACAGAAGUCAGCAGUACAAUACAGUCGCAUGUCGAUCAGCAAGCUGGCUUGAUAUUUGUCGAUGGAGGUGGUGGUGGUUGUGCUAGCGAAGGCGGAAGCGUUGAUGGUCCAAGCCAGAUGUCUGAGAAACUAUUGCCACAUAUGACACCUAAUGUGCCAUCCCCUAACAGUGUAAAUGAACGUGGAACGUUUGCAUAUACUGGCGGUGAUAAUACUAUAAGAAAUCCCCCAAGCACCACUACCAUUGGGGAAAACAGCUAUUUGUUUGCACAUCAGCAGGCGUUAUCACAGCAGCCGCAAGAGAAAAAGAAACGCGGCAGACCCAAGAAGGUGAAGGGGCAAGAAAUGACUGAUCCUUCCACGGGAAGCAAAGUCACAAUGAAUAGUCAACAAAUGGCACACCACGACUUUAAUAAUAUUAUGAAUCUUUCCAUGAUUGCGGGUGGGGCCAAUCCGGAAAUGCCCAAGAAAAAGCGGGGCAGGCCAAAGAAGCUAAAGCCCACAAUGGAUAACAUAAUGCCAGCCAAACAGCAGCAGCACCAACAUACCAACACAAAUACCAACUCACAGACAGCCGGAUUGUCUGCAAUGCACCCGCUCUCGAUGGAGCAUAUUGCAUCAUCGCCACAGAGCAACCAUCAGAUGCCGCCCAGUCUGUACAAUACGCCGCCACCUUCGCAUAUAUUGUAUACAGCAUCGGCGUCGCCAAUGGCAUCCCCAGCACUGAACUGCAACUACACUCAAGUACACGGACAUGGAACUCCGCCAGUGGGCCAGUCGGCUUCUGCUGCUCAUGGUACGCCACCUAUUCUUGAUCAGCAGAAUGAUCUCAUGUUGUCCCAAAAACAGAGCCAGCCAAUGGGAAUGGGCAUCGGCAUAAGAGAUCAACCGCACUUGGGCGAAACGCCGCCGCCUAAUUCUCCGAAUAUGUGCACCGUGGUCGAUUUCGAUCAACCGGAAGAUAACUCUAAUGGCCAAGGGCGGGAGCAGAACCAAGGGCAGGCACAGGAGCAAGGACUCGGCAUGGGGCAACAGCAAACGCAAGUCGUGGACAAGGCCCAAUAUGUUAGUCCAGGCCAUGAAGCCGAUGCGAACGCAGUACAUUCUCAGGAUCAUUAUCAGCAGUGGAUUUCGCCACAUACGCACCAAGGCCAGAAACCGAUUCUCCAGCAGAUGCAUCAGCAGCCACAGCCAUUGCAGUACCAUCAGGAACCGUCGGAGCACUGGCAGCGCUAUGAGGAGCAAAAUCCCUAUUUGCUAAUUUCUCCCCACCAUCAGCUGGAGCAGAGUCCCCAACUGGGAAACAUGCAGAGUCAGAACCACAGUACAUCUGUCCAAAUCGGUUCAGACGUCGCACGUAAGAGCUUGUCAGGCUUAGAGUCGCUGGUUGAUCAAAUUCCCGCUAUCAGAGAGCAUGAGUCUAGCACCAUACCACCAGCAACGGCCGCAGCUGCGGCUGCUGCUGUUGAAAGUCGAUUAUUGGGGCUACAACAACAGCAACAGCAGCAGAAACGUUGCCACCAGGACAACACAGUACAGGUGGAGUCCUGUAGAUCUGCGAACGACGGCAGCAAUGUACUGAAUAAUAAUUUUUCUGUUAGCAAUCUCGCUGCCUCUGCUGCGACAACGGACAACGUAACUGCAUAUAAUAGCAGGGCAGACAACCGUGGCAGCAGCGAAAGUAGUAAUAAUAAUCACAACAAUUGCAGCACCAGCAAUGAAUAUGCCAUCCAUAGCCCCACCGGUUAUCCGCAUCAUGCCACACAUUUGAUCACAAGCGCGUUGGGAGCAACAAUAAAUAGUCCGGAACCGCAUCCACAUCCGCAUCCACAUCCACACCCACAUCCACACCCACAUACACAUCCGCAUCCACAAAUGUAUAUGGAUCAUGCGCACAUUAGCAGUCAUAUGGCUCAUAUGUCACCAGUCAAUGUGAAUUCAGUGUACGCGCCAACAGCAUAUGGAUCACAUCCCCAACAUAGCACAGGUGUUCCAAGCGAAUAUGCUGCCACUCAUGGCCACUACGGCCUGGGCAGUCCUGUGCAAGCUACAGGGCCAGGCAGCACAACCACAUUGCAUGUGCCAAGUCCAAAUUAUCCAUAUGCCCACCAUCCUUAUAGUCACACACCGCCACAGGCAAACUAUCCAACUUAUGGUCAUCCUCAUACUCACCAUAGUCAUCCAACGCAUCAUCUCAGCGUCUUUGAUCGUCUCAAGCCGUCCGACAUAAGCGGAUACGGAGGUUUCUGAUGGAAGCAAACAGAACCAGAACAACAUCAGCAGAAAUUGGCGUAACUAGAAUCACAACGAUACGAAUAAUGCGGCUCGAUGCGAAUGUGAAUCGUAGGGUACAGCGACAGCUACAGCGCUUUUGCGUCCCGCCGCAUCUCAGCAAUAUUUAUCAAUCUCCGGCCUUGCCGAUUCUAGUUUAAGUAACCCUUAGAUUUAAUAAGUAAGAUAACCAAAGACUUCGCCUAAUAGAUUUUUCUUUGAUGUAGCGUUACAUACUAAAAUUGGAAAAAACAAUAAUAAUUAAAUAUAAUAAUGAUAUAAAUUAUAUUAUAUACGUAAACGAAAAUUAAAUUUGCAUAGUAACAAAACAUUUGUUACUCGAACUUUCAAACAGUUUGAUAAUAUUCCUCUACUAGAGCCUUGCAUGAACCGACACUAAAGGAUACAUUAUAAGCAAUGUGAAACUAACAACCAUUCGCUGUCGCAGUAUGAUCCAAUGAUCCGAAUCCCCUAAACGAAACUUUAAAUGGCGUCUAGUUUCAGGGCAAAAUUAAACUACCUUUACAAGUAAUAUAAAAUGCCUUUGAUUUAUGUAUUUUUUUCCAACAUUAAAACCAACGAAUUUAACUUUUUUAUUAAAAAAUGGGCCUGAAAAUCUUUAUUACAACCAUAGCCCGCCAUUUUUGUUAUGUUUAGGUGAUAAGUAUCAAGACGGUCAAAACAGUGAUAAAAGUGUAGCAACUGCCUUUAAUAUUGAUAUAAUAAAAACUAACAGUAGAUUUAUGCAUGGCUCUUAUAAAUACAUACAAAUACGUACAAAUAUGAAAUGCGAAUAUAAAAAAAACGAAUACUCAUGGAAAAUCGUGACCAUUUUAACUUGUUUAAUGAAUAAUUUCUCAGUGCUGAUGUUUUUAAAAUACCAUCUUGUAAUUUCUGUAUAACAACUGUUGCUGUCAAUAGUAUACCGUCACGAAUUUUUAACGGAAAUUGUCACAAAGCAAGACACAUGUUUAUGUUUUCAUAUACAUAAACUAGGAUAAAUAGUGGUAAUAUCCAGUACUAACAUGUACAUUACAGCAUUCAAUUAUCUAUUGGGUAACCAAGCAACGAGAUCGAAAAUAGGAGUAGCAGCUACUACCAAUGUCAAUGUACAUAAAUACAUACUACUACAUACAUAUGGAUGUAUAUUAAAUGAUUAUUGAUAUACUCGUAUAAUGUAUAUGCAUGUACCCUAAGUGUCAAUGGGAAAAAUGAUCUACUAGGCAUGUAUGUAUGUUUGUGCACUGUGUCCUACUAAUAACUAUUAAACUUAAUGCAUACAUGUGUGCACACCGCGAAUUUAAAUUUAAUUACACAAUGUUAAAAGUUUAUAAGCAAAGGAUUUAUGUACUUUACAUAAAUUUUUUUGUAUUUUAUGUAUUUCUAAUAUUAUUUAAAUAUGUAUUAAUGAAUGUUAGCAACGCAUUACUACAACAAUAAAAUCAGUUUUUAAAGGUGCAAUCAAUAAACAGUAUACCUAGACUAUUCAACGGAACACCAACGUAAUAUUUUGAGCAUCUGAUUUGCAACUUUAAAAAUAAAUCAACUAUUACCACCAUAACGCGUAUAUUUAAAGAUAGACACAAAUUUAAAAGCUUCCAUACAAACUGCUUAAAAUAAUAUAUAUUUUGUUUAACAAUCAAAGUCCAAAUUAUAUGAAUAGUGAAAAUUAUAUAUUCUUCAUUGUUUUCUAUGAUAAAAAAUACACAUGUCCGCGUAUGUUCUUAUUAUAACUAUUUUAAUAGUUUAUUUUAAACAAUGAAAGAACUGUAUUCUCAUUGCAAUACAAUAUCCAGAUUCAUGAUAGUAUCAUGCUGUGAUAGUUAUUGUCGAAGACUAUUGCAUUACAACUUAACGAUCACUGUUUAGGCUGAAUAAAUGUAACUCUGUGCUAAAAAAAAAGAUGAGGCUAGAAGGCUAAUAAAUGAAGCCUAUACAAUAAGAAUAUUUGUGGGUCAUUUUCCACUGAAAUGCGAAGAUUUCUUUUGGACAACUAUCGUUUUAAACUGUCUUAAUAUAGUUUAUUAUACGAAAACCGCAUUACUUGGUAGUUUGUUCGAUUAGACAUUUCGCUAUGUACUGUCGUAACUGGAAAACAAAUCAGUACAUUUUAAAUUGCAGAGCCAUAUUACAAUAUGGAAAACGGUUCGUCAUUUGUUACUAGAAAUGUCUUUUUAUAUAUAUAUAUAUAUAUAGUAUAUACAUACAUAUGUAUACCAAUAUUAACAUAUAUUCAUAAUAUUUCUGACAAUUUCUGGUGAUAUGUAGGUACAUAUCAAAGUGCGACUAGUACUCGCAAGCUCGAACGCUGACAUAUGUACAUAUGCAUAUAUGUACAUACAAAAUUAUUUUAGCAUAGAAAAUUUGUGCCAACACAUCGAUCGUAUUUUCACUGUGCUGUUGCAGAUUUUGUAAUCUAUGAAAUAUUGAAUACUGAAGAACUAGUGAAUUUCAAAAUUUGCCUCUCAUAAAAUAUUAUUACAGUUUGUUACUGCAAUUGUAAUUUUCAUUGUAAUUUUUUUCAUUUCUGGAGACUUUUCAAAGAUCACUGUCUCCCAUAAAAAUAAGUACAUUCGGUAAGCUAAGCUAAGCUUUUUCUAUAUGCCGAAAUAGAGAAAUUAUUGAUGGCAUGUCGGGAAGUUUUAGGAGAAGGGUUUGAAGCAUAAAUAAUUAAAUAGGCAUUCAUACUUAUGCUUACUUAUAUAAUUGUGACAUAAAUACAGAAGUAAUACGGAAGACUGUGACGAAAUGUGUAUAUUGUGUGUAAUAAUUAAUUACUAUUUAUAUAUAUUAUAAAGUAAUACUAAUGUACGUAUGUAUAUUCUUAUAUAUGUAUAUUCUAAUAUGUUUUACUAAGAUAAUAUUUCACAUCUACGUGUUUUUUUGUUUGCUCAUUAUAGACAAUGCAAACACUUUCUAGGGCAUAAUAAAGCCUUAAAUGGUUUAUAUUUUCCUUAAAUGAA